AUGGACUGGACUGGAGGCACUCGUCGCCGGUUCGCCGCGAAGGGCAAAGGUAAUGGCAUUUUGCGAAAGCAGAAAGCUCAUUUUGCCAAAGUCCGAGCCGGAGAACACCCUACCUUGACAGGGCGCCUGCGCGAGGGCUCUGCCACAAGACAAAUUCGGCCAUCGAUGCUUGACCCGAAUGGCAUCAACGACGAAGAGACCCCCCGAAGGCAGUCUCGCUCGCAAGGUUCGGGCGUGGCUCGUCCAAAGGUGGGACAUGGACAAGCGGCGACUUCGCGGCGGUUCCCCUCACCUGCGCCGCGUCGACGCGGCCGUAUGCCUGGUAUCACGAAACAUCCGCGAGCGGAGACCGCACUUGAUGAGGAGUCAAAACGAACGACAGCUCGUCAGCAGCUACUUGCUCGCUCUGACUGGCUGGGACUUGAAGUCACGAGGCCUGUCAAGAUGAAGUUUCCAUCGAAUCGAGAGCAGGAUCGUGUCGGUAAAAGGCGAAAGAUCGAGAAGCAACACAUACGCAAGACCAUACCUGCGGAGAAGCAGGUCUUUUCACAUAUCGACGGAAUCAAGACACGCGUACUCGAACCGGAUUCGGUCUCAGUCGAUGACAACAUUCGCAUCAGAAUCGGCACGGAUGCUUUCGCGAGUCAGACGCAAAGGUCUCGUCUCUUUUGCACACCUCCCAACCCGAGCCUUGCACCACCUUCCACGGCUUUCUCCGAUGAAUCCAUGCUAUUAGAUGCUCAAAGCUAUGCAUCGGAGGCUCGAUUCAAUAGGCAAGUCGGUGCUAAGCAACUUCAACCACAAGCAGGUGGGCACUGGCAACAUUCAUCUGUCGAAUUUGAAAGUUUCCCUCCGCACGCUGUGCAAGCUGAUGCUGAGCAAAGUCAGCGAGCUUGUUCCGAGGCGUCCUUUGAAAGCCUGACAAAUCGCGAGCCAUGUAGCCCAGGUCUGCCUACCAUCGAGGGUACUUUCUCGUCAGAAGAGCAGUGGUCACUGCAACAAAUGGAUCAAUUGGUAUACCCGACGAUGUUGGAUGACGGACAAGAUACUGCACAUUAUGGCAGAGCUGAACCCCGGCAACUGGUACCGAGAGAUGUGGAGGACGAAGAGCAAGAGGUCAAUGGAGAUGAAGUCGAAGCUGAAUCUGAAGCCGAAGACGACGAGCUCUUAUGGAAGCGGAUGAUGCACAUAAAGCAGACCGAGUCCAGUGACGCCUCCGUGGUUGCCGUGAGAUCUUCGAGUGAGCAUUUGACUCAGCCGACGGAGGUUCUCAACACAGACGAGGAGCCUGCCAACGAGUUGAGUCACCGCAUAUAUCAAGACAACCGUGCGAUUGAGCGACUCGACUACACAGCGGCCGAAAUCCCCAGGUCGCCGUUGAAAAAGGCAGUGCAGGAGAAUCUACCCGAGCGUCUGAACUUCAUCUCGAACGACAAUGAAGAAGACGAGGACGAGGACGAGGAUGACCUGUGGAGAAAGUUCGUUCUCGGCAGCACGAGCACUCAAGACUCCUCACUCGCAGGGAGGCGGCGACAGGCCGCAAGUGAUACGGAAAGCAUCUUGCCCAUACUCAAGCCAACUUCAUGUCCGAGCGAGGAACACCUGCGUUCCGAUCGUGCGACGCUUGGUGGUUCGGUGUACCAUGUCGGGACUCAACCUGACAACAUUUCCCAAGCCCGCCAAAGCGACUCUCGAACCGACUCAUCUUCGGAAGGACAGACCAACACCUCGAUGGUCGACCACACCACAACUCUGCGUUCCGAUCGCGCGACACUUGGUGGUUCAUUAUACGAUACCGGGACUCAACAAGACGUCACCUCCCACGCCGUUUCCACCGACUCGUCCUCUGAACGCCAGACCAACACCUCUAUGAUCGGCCACGCAACUACUGCCGGUCCCGCAAAUGAAGACAUUGAUGAAGACGAUGAAGCAGAGGUUCCACCGCCACGCACAUACUCCCGUCCAAGCAGGCCACCAGGCUCAAAGCUCGACCCUAGGAGAUUCAAGCAGUCUAGGAAGCGAGCUCCUUACGCUCCACUGCCUCGUGUCGUGCCCCGUUUCUUGCCGACGAUUUCGACUGCCACUACGCCUGCUACCAAGUCGCCUUAUGAUUUGAGUGACAGCCUCUCGUUUUGA